CUUUCAGCUGCCUAUCGACAUUCGAUGUUGUUGGAUCGUGAAGUUGCAGUAAAAGGCUAUAAACAAAAAUCUAAUCCUCAAUAUUUUCACUGGUGAAUAGCAAAUGACUAAGAGUUAUAAUUUUACUGUGUCAUGUCAACGUUAAGUGAAUACAUUUGUCAGCUAUCUACGGAGGAAAAAGCGUAUUUGGCGGCCAAUUUGAAUGAAACUGACGAAACCAGGCCAAUUAAAAUAGCUGAAAUAAGACAGUGGAUAAUAGAGAAUGAUAACUUACAUGCGCCUACUGACGACUUUUUUGUUCUUCGUUUCUUAAGAGCAUGCAAAUUUAAUGUGGAGAAAACAAAAUCUAAAUUACAGAAUUAUUAUAAACAGAGAACAAAUUUGCCAGAAUGGUACAGUAACAGGAAUCCCUUUUUAUCAGAGUUACAAGAACUUUUUGAUUUAGGGGUACUUUUACCUUUGAGAAAAUUAGAUAACGAGGGCAGAAUGAUCGUGAUAAUACGUGCGGCCGUACACUCUCCCAGAAAGCACAAAAUGACAGACAUGUUGAAGGCAGCAUUAAUGAUUUUGGAUCUAGUAUUACGAGAUCACGAGUUCGUUACGAUUUACGGUAUAACGGCUAUUUUGGACAUAGGAGGCAUUACGUAUGAACACGUUCUUCAAUUACCACCGAAUGUUAUUAAGAAUUUAGUUCAUGCAUGGCAGGGCUGCUACCCUGUUAGAAUUUAUUCGCUGAACUUUAUUAAUGCUCAUAAAUUCAUAAAUGUAGUAUUGAACAUUUUUAGAAGUUUUAUGACUAAAAAAUUGAGACAAAGGGUACAUGUUCAUGCACGUGGUAAAUUAAAGUUGUACGAAACUUUACCAAUGGAUAUAUUACCAAAAGAAUAUGGUGGUAUGGAUGGAACAGUGAAAGAAUUAAGCGGUAAAGUUUUUGUUUCAUACGGUGCUUGUAUGUGGGUAAAUAAGACGAAUGUUAAUUAUGUCAUUUUAAUUAUGCUUCAGAGUAUUGGAAACGUAAGGUUAAAGAGAAUCGAGAGUGGUUCGCCGAGGAAGAAAAAUACAAAUUGUCGUUAAGUAACUAAAUUGAUUCUAAUUUGUGAUAACGAGGGAUUGCAUAUGCAAUUGUCGAGUAGUUAAUAGUAGAC